AUGACUUCACUGUCAGUCGUUGUUGGCCUAACUGCGAAUACAUCUACUGUUUUCCCCCUUCAACAGGAGCCUCUAGAGGUUUACUGUGCAUUUAGGACAAGAAUUUCUUCUCCGUUUCUCAUUCUGUUAUUUUUCCAAGCAGAUAGAGUUGCUCGUUGGUCAGCCAUUCUUCCUGAACUUCAGACUGAUUUACUUUGCUUCUUGGUAGGGGACUUCAAUGAAAUUCUGCUUCCGACAGAAAGGCUUAACUGUUCUAGCUAUUCUACUGGUAUGAUACAAUUUGGUGAUUUUAUUCAAGCUUCUAAUCUUAUCGAAGUAAAUCUUCAGGGUCAUCUUUUUACGUGGAACAACAAUCACUCUCGUUCCAAGAUCGAUAGAUGUUUUCUUUCAGCUAACGCUUUCAUCUUAUGGCUUAAUCUUUCCUUAUCCACUUUGGGUCCAAAGCCGUUCAAAUCGAUUAAUGCUUGGUGGUCUAAUUCUUCUUUUCAUGAAUUUGUGGCUAACUCUUGGAGAGAUAUUUCGGCAUCCCCUGGAAUUGAUGGAUUGGCUUCUAAGCUGAGAUUGCUGCGCCAGUUAAUCAAAACUUGGAAUGUCAAUUGUUUCGGCAACCUAAACACUAGAUAUGAGGAAACCCAGACGUCGAUUGAUAACUUAGAAACAUCUGCAGAUUCCCGCCCUCUUUCUGACCAGGAAGUGGCUGAGCUUAUGAGUUUACGUGGAGAGCUAAAUUCAGUUUCUAAGCAACAAAAGUCGCUUUGGUACCAAAAGUCUAGAUUGAAUUGGAAUUUUUUUGGCGAUAGGAAUUCCAAAUUCUUUCACACCGUUGCAUCGGUUCAUUCUAGCAAUAACCUUGUUUCUGAGAUAGUAGUAGAGAAUCAACGUUUUACGACUCCAGAGACCAUCAAACUUAAUGUUCAUCUUUACUACAAGGAUCUUUUUAAAUCUCCUGUUAAAAUAGACUUUUCCCUUGAUUCUUUGCCUAUUCAAAGAUUGACUGUUGAGCAAGCUGCUAGUCUUUCAGCGCAAUUUUCGGAGGAGGAGAUCUUUCUUACUUUGCUGGGUUGUGAGUAUAACAAAGCUCCAGGGCCUGAUGGAUUCAAUUAUUUUUUCUAUAAAAAAGCAUGGAAGAUCAUUAAACAUGACAUUCUCGAACUGUUUAAUAACUUUCAUCAUACAGGUGCUUUCCCUGCUGAUCUGAACACUGCUUUUUUGGUCCUUAUUCCGAAUAGGAAGGGCGCUACAGACAUCAAGGAUUUUUGGCCAAUUAGCUUGAUUAACGGAGUUUUUAAAUUGCUUUCAAAGGUUCUGGCUAACAGGUUAUCUCCUUUACUUCCUCUUCUCAUCUCAGAAAAUCAAUUCGUUUUUAUUAAGGGUAGAAAUAUCCAUGAUUGUCACAUGCUUGCAUCGGAUUUGAUUCAUCUUGUUCAUAUUCGGAAGGAGUCGUCUUCCCAGUUAUCAGUUCUUGUGAAUGGAAGUCCUAGUAAGAAUUCCACUAUGCAUAGAGGGGUCAGACAAGGCGAUCCUAUUUUUCCUAUGUUCUUUGUUCUUGCAGUUGAAGGCUUAAAAGCGCUUUUCGAAAAGGCUAUUGACUUGGGUCUUUUAGAUGGAAUUCAUGUGGAUGGCUAUGCAGUGCCUAUUUCUAUCCUGCAGUUUGCAGAUGAUACGCAUUUAUUUGUUCCUAAAGAUUUGAAGAUGAUAUCAUCUAUCAUUGGUAUUAAUGUAGAUGAUAAUUCUCUUGAUGAAGCUUCUCGCAUCCUAAACUGCAAAAUAGAAAAAUUGUCGAUCACAUAUCUUGGGUUACCGCUCUCAUUGAAGCCGGUUAAAGCUAAGAAGUGGGAUCCUGUAAUUAGAACUUUUCUUCUCAACGAGCGGGUUGUUCUAUCUCUAGAGCGAUUGAUGCGUCGCUUUCUUUGGAACGAGUCUGUCUCUUCAGCGUGGUUUAGUAAAGUUUCUUGGAUUGAUGUUUGUUUGCCGUUUACUGAAGGUGGAUUGAAUAUAACUCCUUUGAGAACAAAAAAUCAAAGUUUGCUUCUAGAGUGGAUUUGGAAGCUAAUUACUGCGGAUAAAAAUUCAUUCUGGUUUCUUGUUAUUUCUUGUAGCUCCGGGUUCAAAAACUGGUUUGAUUUGGAAGAGAUAGCAGCGCAGAGAUUAUCGCAUUUAUGGAAAGGGAUAGUUUCAGUUUGCUUUAAAAACUCUCAGGUCCGGGACCUGUUUCUUUCCCAUCUUGGCAGCAGAAUUUGUUCAGGGAGUAAUACUCGCUUUUGGCAUGAUUCAUGGGCUGAUGCUUCAGCUCUUCUUCAUUUAUUUCCAGAUUUAUUUCAGCUGAGUAGGGGUCCGCAGCUUUCUCAGCGUGGUCUUCGUCUUGGCGAACAAGAGCAAUUCCAAUCCCUGCAUAAUUUGAUUUCUGACCGCACUCCUUCUUCUUCAGGCACAACGGAUGUCUUUAAUUGGCAAGGGAAAAGCUUCUCUUCGGCAGCUUUUAACUCAGCUUGGUUUAAUGCUUCUCGGCAUCAGGUUUCAUGUUAUGGGAGAUUCUGGAAGUUUAAGCUCCCUCCGCGAAUCAAUUUUUUCAUGUGGCUUCUAGCUAGAGAUCGGAUUUCUUCAAAUAUUAUGUUGAUUCAUAGGGGUGUCUCGCUUAUAAAUGCUAGCUGCACGUUUUGUUCGGAAGAUGAGACAAGCAUUCAUAUAAUUCUCCAUUGUCGGUUUGCUUGGCACACUUGGAAUCCAGUCUUGAAGCGUUGUAAUAUUACAUGGUCAGCUCCUAACUCAAUUCAUCAGUUUUUCGAUUUCUGGAGUUCCUUAUGUAACAGGCGGUUUCGAUAUCUUUGGCAAACCAUUUGGUUUUUCUUCAUUUGGGAGUUGUGGAAAGUGAGGAACAAGCGAGUUUUCAGCCAAGAUUAUAUGGACAACGACACAUUGGUUUACCAAACUAUUUGCAAAGCUGUGAUUUUCUACAAAGAUAACAACAAAGGAUUUGAUUAUUCGGCUAAUGAUGUUUAUAGAAAUUUAUCUUUUUUCUGUAAUUUCUUGUAG